UGUCGUGGAAAACUAUAUCGGAAUACGAAUUUAUGAAGUGGGAUGCACACGCUUGAAAUUUGGUUGCAAAUUUCAUGCAAGACCGUAAGUUAAAAACUUGAAGGGGCAAUGACAGGCUGACAGCUGACCGUCCGUCGUGGUGAGCAUACCGCAGUAUAAUUUGCCGUCUGCGAUGCAAUCUUAGUCGACGAAAUUUGUUCAAGUGUUCACGUGCUGCUGUUUGAUUUCUGCUCUAAAAUCGUAAGUUUACAUCAAUGACAGUUCAUAAAAAUGAAUCGUGUGUGAUAUUUACGGUAAAGUGCAACUAGUGCUUCGUGAUGUAACACCGAGUUGUUCUUAAUCAAUCGAACGUUCACUUAAAAAACCAUUCUCUCCUCUGACUUUGUAACGAUAACGAGGAGACCAACGAGUGAGUGAAAAUGGCAAAAUAUCUCGCUCAGAUCAUCGUGCUGGGCACUCAAAUGGUCGGUCGAGCUUUCGCUCGUGCCCUGCGACAAGAAAUCGCCGCUAGUCAAGAAGCAGCUAAAAGAGCAGGUGGUGGACAACAAGGAUCGCAAAGGGUGGCCGCCAACACAAAGACUGGUUUGACUCUGGACGAGGCGUUAAGAAUUCUGAACGCUGACAAGCCAGAUCAAGUCGAUGUUAUCGAGCGAAAUUACAAAUAUCUCAUGGAAGCAAAUGACAGGUCCAAAGGUGGUUCUUUUUACUUACAAUCUAAAGUUUUUCGAGCUAAGGAAAGAUUAGACGAAGAAAUAAAAGCAACUCAGUCGAAGCCGCCACCAAAAUCGGAUGAAACGAAGCAAGAUUCGGCCUCGGCUCGCUGACGUUUACCUAGUCUUGAAUUCUUGUUAAUUGUUUCAUAGCUCUUUGUAAAUAUUAUUACAAUCUUUAGUUUUAUUAUAUAAUAAAAUCAUCAAUUGUGGAAUGACAUCUUUGUCUUGAAUUGAAUAUUUGCAUCCACAAUGAAUGUAAAAAUGUUGUUUGUUGGGCUGAAAGUAAAAUAUAAAUAAAAACAA